AUGUCCAAAAGUGAGACCAUUCAAAUUUCAGAAGAAGAAGACUGUCUUAUCGUAAAUGGUCAAAAAAUAUACAUAAGUUCAGAACUAAGAAAACACAUAUUAGAUGAGUACGAUUCCAAUCCGGAUAACUGUGCUAUUUCACAGUUUGUUGCAGGAAAGAAGCUCACUGGACUGGUUUGUUCAAUAGGACUACCAGACUUCCAUAUUGGAUAUGCACUUCCGAUUGGAUCGAUUGCAGUCAUAGAUCUUUCAAAUCCUGAUGCUGCAAUCAGCCCAGAUGGCGUUGGCUUUGAUAUUAACUGUGGUGUCAGAUGUUUAAAGACGAACUUAUUUUUAAAAGAUUUUAUACCAAGUAGUGAAACGUCUUCAAGUGUAAACGAUAAAAGGGAGUUAAUUGGUAAUUUACUGGUUGAACAGCUACCUUUCGAAGAUAUUCCAGUAGAAAAGCGUAUUUCACCAGAACAUUUGAAUGGAAUAUUAGAUGAAGGUAUGGAGUAUCUCCUUAAAAUAGGUAGAGUCUGUAAGGAAGAUCUUGAUUUUACUGAAAGUAGAGGCAGUCUGGAAGGUAACAGUAGGAUUAUUAACCAGAAAGCCAAGUCAAGGGGGUCUUCGCAUCUUGGAACUCUUGGAUCAGGCAAUCACUAUUUGGAAAUUGAAGUUGUUGAUCAGAUAUGCGAUGAGGCUAUAGCCAAAAAGUUGGGAAUUGAAGAAGGACAGAUUGUAAUAUCAAUUCACACAGGAUCCAGGGGAUUAGGGCAUGGAUGUUGCUCGGAUAUUUUAGAAGAAAUGAAACAAAGCAACAUUGAUACCACACAACUUAUAAAAGAUAGGACCAAGGAAGAGUUUAAAAAGAUUUCAGAAAAUGACAGUUUGAGUAAAGAGGAGAAGAAAGUUGAGUAUGAAAAAAUUACUCAAAAGUUUAGACAAGAAAAAAAAGAAGCAAUGACAAAGAAAGAGAUCGAAACACUUGAAUUUGUACCAUUUAGAAGUGAAAUUGGACAGAAAUAUCUUAAAACUAUGAACUCGGCAUCUAAUUUUGCCUGGGCCAACAGGAGUGUAAUCACUGAAAAGGUAAGAAAGGUUUUUUCACAGGUUUUUCCUGAGGUAGAAAUAAAGUUGAUUUAUGAUGUGUGUCACAAUGUGGCUAAAAUUGAAAAGAUUGAUGGAAGGGAGUAUUUGAUUCUAAGAAAAGGAGCUUCUAGGAUUCUACCACCUGGACACCUCGAUCUACCCGAAGAAUACAAGGAUAUUGGACAGCCGGUUCUAGUCGGGGGAUCGAUGGGUACCUGCAGCUAUCUAAUUGUCGGAGAUAAGAAUGCAAAACUGACGUACUAUUCUACGUGCCAUGGAGCAGGACGGCUUGUUUCUCGCUCCAAGUCCAAGCAGAAGUUUUCUGUUGAAGAAGUUAUCGAGGACAUGAAAAGCAAGGACGUUGUUUUCAAAGUUGGAUCAAUUGAAGGAAUGGUUGAAGAAUGUGCCAAUUGCUACAAAGACGUUGAAGUUGUUGUUAACCACUCUCAAAAGAUUGGGGUGAGUAAGAAUGUUUGUAGGGUCAAGCCUAUUCUUGUCUUAAAAGGCUAA